GUUUUUUCUUUUAGCAGAAACACUUUCUUUCAACUGAAGAAUUUUACCUUUGGAAAGGUCAACACUGUGGAGAGUGGCAAAGAAGAACCGGGGAGAUUAAGAAAUACAACAGAUUAAGGUUGCCCACAUGCUUCAGCAUCAUUUCCAGUCCGCCUGAAGAGGAAUUUGGCGCACAGUCGUGAUAAAAGGGAUGAAUGAGGGCCGCUCUGCUGCGACCCUCCUGAGAAGGUGCCACCUCGCCCUGUCCAAGGCCGACACUGUCAGCUCCGCACCAGCCAGGCAAGCCCUCUCUGUCGACCCCGGCGAUGGCGUUGCCGCCCAGCCCGAGAACGAAGCGACCUUUCCCUUGUCCGAAUUCUCCGACCUAUUCGAGAGUGCUGAGGGCUCCCCCGUGCAGGUGUUGGCGAUUCAGCCUGGCCAGCCUGUAGACGGCAGACAAAACCUGCGGAUGAAGUUCCAAGGUGCUUUCAAGAAGGGCAUUUCCAACCCAAUGGAUCUGCUGGAAUCCACCAUGUAUGAAUCAAAUGUGGUUCCAGGUGCAAAGAAAGCACCCAUGGACUCCCUCUUUGACUAUGGCACCUACAGGAACACAAGUAACCAGAAGCGACGCAGGAAGAAGCUGCCCCGAGGUAAAACAGAGACAUCUGGUGAGGACGGUCCAAGUGAGGACGCCCCAAAGGUUAUGAAAGUAUUCAAUCGCCCUCUUCUCUUCGACUGUGUGUCACGUGGGGACCCCGAAGCCAUGGAAGGUCUGUUGGAGUACUUGCAAAAUAACGACAAGAGACUGACGGAUGAGGAGUUCCGAGAGCCAUCCACUGGUAAGACAUGUCUCCCUAAAGCCCUGUUGAACCUCUACAGUGGUCGGAAUGACACCAUCCCACUGCUGGUGGACAUAGCAGAGAAGACUGGAAACCUCAGAGAGUUCAUCAACACACCUUUCAGGGACGUCUACUACAGAGGCCAAACGGCGCUCCACAUCGCCAUCGAGCGGCGUUGUAAGCAAUAUGUGGAACUACUGGUGGAGAAAGGAGCCGAUGUUCACGCACAGGCCAGAGGACGUUUCUUCCAGCCUAGAGACGAGGGCGGCUAUUUCUACUUUGGUGAGCUGCCUCUGUCGCUGGCGGCGUGCACCAACCAGCCUAACAUUGUGCACUACCUGACUGAGAAUCCCCACAAGAAAAUCGACCUGCGGCGUCAAGAUUCCCGUGGCAACACAGUUCUCCACGCCCUAGUUCACAUUGCCGACAACACCAAGGACAACACCCGUUUCCUUACAAAGAUGUAUGACCUGCUUCUGAUCAAGAGCGCCAAACUGUACCCAGAGUGCAGCCUGGAGAGUGUGUUCAACAACGAUGGCAUGUCACCUCUUAUGAUGGCGGCCAAGCUGGGAAAGAUAGGGGUUUUUCAACACAUAAUUCGUCGUGAAAUCAAAGACGAGGACGUUCGUCAUCUGUCACGCAAGUUUAAGGACUGGGCUUACGGACCGGUGUACUCCUCCCUCUAUGAUCUGUCUUCAUUAGACACGUGUGGAGAGGAACCAUCUGUGCUGGAGAUCCUCGUUUACAACAGUCGCAAUGAGACUCGCCAUGAGAUGCUGGCGGUGGAGCCGAUCAAUGAACUGCUGAGGGCCAAGUGGCAGAAAUUUGCAGCUGUCACCUUUUACAUCAGCGUAGUUUCCUACAUCUUCACCAUGAUCACUUUCACCCUGGUGGCUUAUCACCACCCAACACAGGGAACGCCCCCGUAUUCUUACAUAACAUCCACUGACUACUUGAGGAUGGCGGGAGAGGUCAUCACAUUAGCGUCCGGAAUCUUCUUCCUCCUAACCAACAUUAAGGACCUCUUUUUGAAGAAGCGCCCCGGGGUGAAGUCGUUAUUUAUUGAUGGAUCCUUUCAACUGCUGUAUUUCAUUUAUUCUAUACUGAUCAUAGUCACGGCCGCUCUCUACCUAUCCGGCAUUGAAGCCUAUGUGUCUGUGAUGGUGUUUGCUCUGGUCCUGGGCUGGAUGAACACGCUUUACUUCACCAGAGGCCUCAAGCUCACUGGCACCUACAGCAUCAUGAUCCAAAAGAUUCUGUUUAAAGACCUUUUCAGAUUUUUGCUGGUGUACGUGCUCUUCAUGAUUGGAUAUGCAUCAGCUCUGGUAUCCCUCCUCACUGUGUGUCCUUCACCGGGCACGGACUGUGAAGGAGGCUGCCCGACAUACCCCAAGUGCAGGGACCCCGACACCUUCAGCAUCUUCUUACUGGACCUUUUCAAGCUGACAAUUGGGAUGGGAGAACUGGACAUGAUCCACAGCGCUCAGUACCCUGCAGUUUUCCUCAUUCUGUUAGUAACUUACAUCAUCCUCACCUUUGUGCUGCUGCUCAACAUGUUGAUCGCCUUGAUGGGGGAGACGGUGGGCCAGGUGUCAAAGGAAAGCAAGAAAAUCUGGAAGCUCCAGUGGGCAACAACCAUCCUGGACAUCGAACGCUCAUUCCCAGUUUGCAUUCGAAAGUCAUUUCGAGUCGGCGAGAUGGUGACCGUGGGCAAGAGCUGCAAUGGGACACCUGACCGACGCUGGUGCUUUAGAGUGGAUGAGGUGAACUGGUGCCACUGGAAUCAAAACCUGGCAAUCAUCAAUGAGGAUCCAGGCAAGAACGAGACCUGCCAGGCCAACGGGCUUCAACAGGGUGUCAAAAGCUUGAGGAGAGACCGCUGGUCCACCGUAGUUCCUCGAGCAGUGGAGUUCAGUCGAGGUCCGCGGCCUCGUGAUCUGGUGAUAGAGAUGGAGCCCCUGACGUCCAGGCACUGAUGGCCUCCGUGGACUAACUCUGUGAUUCUUGUAACGGGACAGCAGAGUGUUGUUUUGCUUGGAUGAUCACUCCGGCGGGGACCAUUACAGUAGAUCAAUAAGUGCACUCAUUUGCACAACUCACAUUAUUGUAAAUACUACUUCCUGACAGCCUGGGUGAUUGUACAGAGCAGUGCCAAAGAAUCUACAAUGCACAGAUACUAAUGCUACAAUGUUAAUGAAUCCCUGACCUUAAACGUUUUUAUAAAACAUCCAUCCCUCCAUUUUCUACCGCUUGUCCCUUUUGGGGUCGCGUUGGUUGCUGGAGCCUAUCUCAGCCGCAUUCGGAUGGAAGGCGGUGUACACCCUGGACAAGUCGCCACCUCAUCGCAAGGCCAACACAGAUAGACAGACAACAUUCACACUCACAUUCACACACUAGGGCCAAUUUAGUGUUGCCAAUCAACCCAUCCCCAGGUGCAUGUCUGUGGAAGUGGGAGGAAGUGGGAGUAACCACGCAGUCAUGGGGAGAACAUGCAAACUCCACAAAGAAAGAUCCCGAGCCCAGGAUCGAACCCAGGACCUUCGUAUUGUAAGGCACACACACUAACCCCUGUCACACCGUGCUGCCCAUAUAAAUAUAUAAAACAUAUCAUUGAAUAUUCUGUACCUCUGCAUUUUACUCAGGGAUUAUUCCAUACAUCAUUGAGUCAUAGCUUGUCCUACAGAAUCCUAAUUACUACACUAUGGCAUUAGCAGUGGAAACACUGUGGAAAAUCUAUAAAUACAUAAUCACAACGGGAGGAAAAUAUAGCAAUAAAUAUUUAUAGACUUAGCCUGAUCUGAGCUUAGGAUUGUUUGCUUUAUAUUGAAGGGAUCGCUACAUGAGGUGACCAUACAGUGUGUGCAUGCUGGGUGUAUUAUAUUGCUAUGUGGCAUUAAUAAGAAUUUUUAAAAAUAACUAUAGUUUCGCGUCUCGGCUUCCAGCUCAGGCAGGGUAGCUCUAGUGGAAGUAAAACAAUGCACUGGUCUAAUUCCUUAUAUCUGCAUUAUUGUUGCAGAACAAAGACAUUGUUGUGCAAAAAAGGGCCUGGUGAGCGAGUUUAUAGUUGUCAAGCAAAUACGAGACAGUACCUUCGGUGUGAGGGUUUGCCUUUGAAUUUCCUCGCUUAUUGUUUCUCGCACAACUGUGAGGUAUUUGCAUAAUGAACAUCGAGGCCUCGCUAUUAUGUACAUUGUAUUUGAUGGAGUUUUUCCAGUGCAGUUGGCUCCUUGUCCUGCACAGCAUCUUGUUUUUGUGCUACCUACUUUUAUGCAUAUACUGGAUGUAUGGAGUUGUGUUAUUGUUCUAUGAGAACAGUUGAAGGGUCGUGUGCAGUUCAUUUGCAUUGAAGGUCAUAUUUUACGACGUUUACAUUACUGUUUAAAGACAUGUUUUUGUACCAUUUAAUACA